AUCGGUACAUGCAUACGUACAGAACAGGUGAUACAACUGAUGUCUCGUGAUUCGUACCAUCGAAUCUUACGUUUUUAACAAUUUGCAAUCGUCACUGAUAAAGGUUGCAUUCAUCGAUGAAAACCGAUUUCAAUAAAAUCGAAAUCAUGACAAGCUACAGAUAAAAUCAUUUUCGAAAGGUCCUCCACGUACCUAUUAACUCCUUUAAUUCGGACAAAGAAUGGCAUUUCCACCGUUGGUGAGUUCUACGCCUCCACCUUUGGAUAAUUUUGGAGAUUCCGAAGAAGACGAAUUUGGAGAUUUUACAACGGGAGGCAUAGAUGGACUAUCCAUGUCGUCUGAAUCGCCGCAGAAACCCAUUACACCCAUUCAAACACCGUUAACAUCUCAGAAUCCUUCGCCGAAAGUAAACGGUGUUAUAGAUAUUGUUGAUAAUAUUCGAUCGAGUAUUCCUGCGAAACCGGCAGUUCUAGAAGAUUUUUUAAUACUCGAGAAGAUAGAUGACACCAUAAGCGAUAUUAAAUUGAAAGCGGAGGUUGAAAAUAUCUAUGAAUCGCACCAUAAAAAAAAUAAUUCGGAAAACGCGAACAGCAAUUGUAGCGAAGACAGUACGGAGAAAGGUGUUUUCGGUGGUGUUAAUUUAACUAGCGAAAGCAGUAGCUUCGGAGGGAGCGAACAAGAAACAUCUCCUAACAAUUUAGAAGAUAUAGAACCGUUAAGUUUAGAUCUAGGAGAUCCAGCUGCGGCUCCUGAUACGGUGCAGUCGAUAGACGAUGAUUUUUAUGACUAUGAGCAAUUUGAGGAUUCUCAGAAUUGGGUUUCCAGCAAUGACGAAUCUACAGGUGUUUCCAAUAUGGGUUACUAUAAAACAGAAACUGAAGAUAUUUCAAAUAAUUUGAAUGCUUCGAGUAAGGAUAUCGAUAUAGACGAUAAGAAGGAUGUAAAUUUCACAUUUGAACAUUCGAUUCAAGAAUCAAAUUUAGAAAGUCAAUGUACAGAAAAUGAAGACGUGCCUAACAAAGAAAAUGAUUUUGAAUUUAAGGUGAACGAUUUGAAAUUCACAAGUACAGAGAAUUCAGUUUUUCAUGAUUCCGAUAAUGAAACUUUUUUAAACGCCAGCGAAUCGAGCAAUGAGUUUUUAUCUAUGCAUCAAGCGAAAAAUGAAGUCGAGGAGGCCAUUUGUCAGUCUGUCGGAAGUGAAAAUAAUACAGUCGAACAUAAUUUUUUAUCUUCCGGUCCCAUAACGAACAUUUCCGGUUGUUCCAGCGAAGAGUUCGGUGAUUUUAAGUAUGAUCCUAUGUUCGGAACUUCAACUAAAGCUUUCCAGCCAGAAUUUUCAAACCGUUCUUUAGACACGGGCGAAGAAAAGAAAGAAGCGUUGGACGAAGACGACGAUUUCGGUGAUUUUGCAAAUUUCGCGGAUCAAAUGCAAUUUAACGAAGUCGAUGAAACAAGUGUACCUGAUAAAGAUAACGACGACGACGAUUUUGGCGAUUUCAAUGAUUUCGAGUCAGCUCUUGAACCACCUGCGGUGGAACAACAACAGUUUAAUCUGAAAGAAUCCAUUUGUCGGAUAGAAAAUAAGAAUGCUGCUAAUAAAAUAGAAGACAUAAUAACCACAAUGUUUUCAUUGGAUGUAAACCAAUGCGAGAUUCAAGUGGAAACACUGAUAGAUGAAACGGAUAAAGUAUGGAAAAGCGUAAAAAAUGUUGAAGAAACGAACGCUUUGACGUAUCAAUGGGCAAACAGUACCAGCAAUAAAAUGCUAUUAAAUUCUCUUGGCAUUGAUUCUCGCAAUAUUUUAUUUGGUCCGAGGUGGAAUCCAAAUGUUCCCAGAUUUGCUGCGAAUCUUGGUUUCACGCCGUUGGAACCGAUUAAAGCUACAACCGAUAAUCAAUCCGUCACUAUUUCGAAUGUUAAUAAAACUCAAAGUUCAACCAAUUCAGAAGAAGUGCCUGCUGCUCAAUUUGAUUGGAAUAGUUCUGGGCUUGUUAAUCCUUUAGAAGCUACCGAUGGUAGCGGAUGCGGUCCCAAUAGCUACAAAUGUCUCGAUGGCACCUGUAUACCGGCUACUUUAGUGUGUAACUAUCAGAAAGAUUGCGAAACUGCGGAAGAUGAAUUUCAAUCUUGUCCACCACCUGACUGCGAGGCUGGGCAGAUCACCUGUGGCCAAUAUAUUUUUAACAAGACUUAUUGUAUACCGCCUCAUCAGAGGUGUGACAUGACCGUUGAUUGCGUCGACGGAACCGAUGAAGCCGGUUGUAAUUACAGGAAAUGUCAGCCGGACGACUUCCGGUGUGGUGGCACAACACCGGAGCUUUGUAUCCCAAAGGAGAAGAAGUGCAACGGGUACCUAGACUGUAGAAACGGUCGGGACGAAGAAAAAUGCGCUAUUAAUAUGAGACCGGCUUGUCGUUUGGAUCAAUUCAGAUGUAAUUCCACGCAACGUUGUAUAGACCAAUCAGCCAGGUGUAAUUAUAAGGAUGACUGCGAGGAUAAUAGCGACGAGGAGAACUGCAACUUUCAGCCAUGCGCGAUCAAUCAAUUUCGCUGCGCGAACGCGCUUUGUAUACCAAAGUCGUAUCAUUGCGACGGAUACAAGGAUUGUCAUGACGGUUCCGACGAGAAGUCUUGCACGAUGACAUCCUGUCCGGGAAAUAAAUUCAUGUGUCCGAAAGGAACGGAGGACGGCAAGCCUCUUUGCAUAGACCGGUCUCAGCUUUGCGACGGGAAGCCUGACUGUGAAGACGAAACGGACGAAGGUUUUGCUUGUUCAACAAAUAUGUGUAAUACCUUACGAUGUCAUUAUAAAUGUCGAGCCUCUCCCACGGGAGGAGUGUGUUAUUGCCCUGCGGGAUGGGUUCUCGCGAACGACUCGAGAACGUGCGUUGAUCGUGACGAGUGUUCGGAGUGGGGUUUCUGCGAACAAUUAUGCGAAAAUACAGAAAGUUCGUACAUUUGCAGUUGCGCUUCGGGUUUUGUACUGCAAGGACAUAACAAAUGUCGGGCAGUGCAACAUCCCGGUGUAAAAUUGGAACUGUUAAUUGCUCAGGAACGUGCCGUUUGGAGGAUGUCAGCGAACGGCGAAGAUAGGAGCAUCAUCGCGAAUACAACCGGUGCUAGCGGAGUAGAUUAUCUCUAUUCGAGAGAUUUGCUUUUCUGGAGCGACGUAAAAACUAGGAAGGUACAUUCCGAGCCGUUGACCGGUUCCGAGGGUACCGGUUCGAACGUGGAUAUAUUUUUGGCAAGUUCAUGGGGACCUGUGGCCAUUGCCGUCGAUUGGAUAGGAGAGAAGUUGUACGUGGUAGACUCUAUAGUUCAGAAAAUCGACGUUUUCGAAUUAGACGGUAGAUACCAUGGUAUCGCGUUGGGCUCGAACUUAACGAACCCAACGGACAUCGGUCUGGACCCUACGGUGGGUUUGAUGUUCGUUGCCGAUAGUAAACAGGUAUUGAGAGCGAACAUGGACGGGACCGUAGCUUUCCCGGUUGUUUCCGAGGCAGCGUACAAAGUGUCUGGCAUUGCCGUGGACGUUAUCGCCCGAAGGAUAUUCUGGUGCGACUCUCAACUGGAUUAUAUAGAAACAGCCGAUUAUUUAGGAAGGAACAGAGUGAUGGUACUGCGAGGACCGCAUACUCCGUCGCCGACUAGAUUGACGCUAUUCGAGAACAAGAUCUAUUGGACAGACGGUACGAAGCAAGCGAUUAUGAGCGUCGACAAGACCGAGGGUGACUAUUCGAUACAGACUAUUUAUAAGAUGAGAGACGCAAAGGCUAUAAAGGCGCUGCAUCCGUUGACUCAACCAUCGGUUUCGAAUCCUUGCGGGAACAAUAAUGGCGGUUGCCAGCAUAUGUGCAUCGUUACCGCGGCCAGCGAUCAAGAGAAUAGAUUGGGUUAUCGAUGCGCUUGCGACAUAGGAUGGAGAUUGUCGAGCGAUCAAAGGAAUUGUAACUUGGUCCAGGAGUUUCUCAUGUAUUCGCAGCAAAGGUUUAUAAAAGGCAGAGUAUUGGAUCCUGUUAUGGAGGGCUUCAGCGACGCUAUUUUGCCUGUAGUUUCGAGGCGAGCCAGAUUCGUUGGAUUAGAUUACGACGCGCACGAUCAGUACAUUUAUUACAGCGACGUAUUGCAAGACGUAAUUUAUCGGAUCCAUCAAAACGGUACGGGACGAGAAAUCGUUUUGGCUAGUCAGAACGAGGGCGUGGAAGGUUUAGCGGUUGACUGGGCGGCGAAAAAUCUCUAUUACAUCGAUUCGCGAAAAGGUACAUUGAACGUGCUCAGUACACAGAACGUAACGUACCGUAGAACGUUGCUAAAGAAUCUGAAACGACCUCGAGCGAUUGUUAUUCAUCCGAAUCACGGGUACAUAUUUUUCUCGGAAUGGGAUCGACCGGCUAAUAUCAGCAGAGCCUAUACCGACGGUUCGAAUUUGAUAGUGUUCAGAAAUUUGACGCUCGGCUGGCCGAAUGGUCUAGCGAUCGAUUUCGCGAAGGAUAGACUGUAUUGGUGCGACGCUCUGUUGGAUCACGUGCAACAUUCGAACUUGAACGGCACGGAUGUCCGUACAGUUAACUCACGGCUGAUCCGACAUCCGUUUUCCAUGGCGAUUCACGAAGAUUGGAUGUACAUCACCGAUUGGCGAUUGGACGCCAUAAUACGACUACACAAAGAGACCGGGGAACAAGAGGUGGUUCUGGUACGCGAACCCGCAUCGAACAGAUUGUACGGAGUGAAGGUGUUCAGUCGCGAUAUUCAGACCUCUACACCGGAUCAUCCGUGCUCGAUCAACAACGGCGGUUGCGAUAAGCUCUGCUUCGCUGUUCCCCAGAACAAUACGAAUAGAUACGGUACCGCUCGAUUGACGCGAGUCUGCGGCUGCCCGUACGGCGAACGUAUUCAACCGGACGGGAGAUCGUGCGCGCUCGAUCCGGAAGCCGAACCACCGUUAGAGGCCUGCCCGAACAAGUUGGACUUUACCUGCGCGAAUCAGAGGUGCGUGUCGUACACGUGGGUUUGCGACGGCGAAAACGACUGUUUGGAUAACAGCGACGAACAGAAUUGUACAAAACCGACAUGCGGUCCGAACGAGUUUCAGUGCAAGUCCGGCAGAUGCGUACCGAUCAGUUUCCGGUGCGAUUCCGAGAACGAUUGCGGGGAUUACAGCGACGAGGUCGGUUGCCCGAACAUAUCCUGUAGCGCGAAUCAGUUCGCCUGCGCGAAUUUCAGGUGUAUACCGAACACGUGGAAGUGCGACUCGGAGAACGACUGCGGCGACAGUUCGGACGAAGGGGACUUUUGCGUCGCGAAAACCUGCUCGUUCUUCCAGUUCACCUGUCCGCGAUCGGGACACUGCAUUCCCCAGUCGUGGGUCUGCGACGGCGACAACGAUUGUUUCGAUCAGCAAGACGAGAUGGACUGUCCACCGGUCACCUGUCUGAGCACUCAGUUUACGUGCGCCGAUCAGAAAAUGUGCGUCCUAGAUUCGUACAAAUGCGACGGUAUAUCGGAUUGUAACGACGGUAGCGACGAGGUUGGUUGUCCUUCGUUGGCACCGGACCAGUGUAACACCGACAGACAGUUUCAAUGCGUCAGUUCGGCGAUAUGCAUACCGAAGAGUUGGUACUGCGACGGCACCGCGGACUGUCCGGACAAGUCCGACGAACCGACCCCUUGCGGGCAGGUCAGUUGUCAGCCAGGAUUUUUCAAGUGUCGCAACGAUAAGUGCGUGUUCAAGGCGUACAUCUGCGACGGGAAGGACGACUGCGGCGAUGGUUCCGACGAGGACACCGAGUUACACGCUUGCACCGCGCCCGAAUUCAAGUGCGACUCCCAGCAAUGGAAGUGUCCGAACGUUACCGACCGAUGCGUAAACGUGACGAGCGUUUGCGACGGUAAAUUCGACUGUCCGAAUGGCGCGGACGAGGGUCCGGGUUGCGACAUACCGGAAUGCAAGUAUCGAGGCGGUUACUGUAGCAACGGUUGCAUACAGACACCACUGGGGAAACAGUGUACCUGCCCCGCGGGCGAGGAGCUCGGCGCGGACGGUUACGCGUGUCAGGACGUGGACGAAUGCGAGCCACCCGGUCGUUGUUCUCAGAUCUGCGUGAACGUGAAGGGUAGCUACUAUUGUAACUGCGUGGACGGUUACAGUCUGGAGGGUGACAAGCACACGUGUAAAGCGUUCAAUCACAGCGCGGCGUUUCUUAUCAUAUCGAACAGACAUACGAUUCUCGUAGCUGAUCUACAGGAUCAGGCGUUGGAGAGGGUACCGAUUAACGUGGAGAACGUGGUCGCGACCGUCAGCAACAUGCACACGGGCACGAUAUUUUGGUCCGACAUGAAAUUGAAGAAGAUAUCGAGGCUCGACAGAGGCAGCGAUCCCGAGGACGUAAUUCUGACCGGGUUAGAUCUGGUCGAAGGUCUUGCCUACGAUUGGAUCGGUCAAAACCUCUAUUGGUUAGAUUCGAAAUUGAAUACGAUCGAAGUGGCGAGGGAGAACGGUGCCGAUAGAAUGAUCCUGGUUAAGGAGAACAUCACGCAGCCUAGAGGAAUGUGUUUGGACCCCAGCCCCGGCGCGAGAUGGUUGUUCUGGACAGACUGGGGCGAGAAUCCUCGGAUCGAGAGGAUCGGUAUGGACGGUACCAACAGGUCGACCAUCAUCAGCACCAAGAUUUACUGGCCGAACGGUUUGGCUUUGGAUAUAGCGAACAAAAGGAUAUAUUUCGCCGACAGUAAAUUGGACUUUAUCGAUACUUGCCUGUACGACGGAACGAAAAGAAUUCAGGUGUUGGCCAGUUCUCAUUACCUGUUGCAUCCGCAUUCGUUGACACUGUUCGAGGACACGAUGUACUGGACGGACAGGCAACUGAACAGAGUGUUAUCGGCUCACAAGUUUUACGGCGUGAAUCAGACGGUCGUGUCGCAUUUGAUAUCUCAGCCGUUGUCGAUACAUGUUCAUCAUCCGGUGUUGCAACCUAUUACACCGAACCCAUGCGAGAACGCCAGCUGCGGUCAUCUGUGUCUCCUCUCCCCGACGAGCCCGGAGGGAUACAGUUGCAAGUGUCAAGUAGGAUUCCGAUUGUUACCGAACGGGCAGUGCUUGGAGGAGGAAACUCCAUAUUUGAUGGUGCUGCGAGGCUCGCAGAUCGUCGACGUGUCGUUGAUACCUGGCAGUACCAACACGGGUUACAUCACGCCCGUGGUCGGUGUCGAGGGUGGUAAAUUCGUCGACUACGACAGAAAAGAACGAACGAUAUACUGGCUGCAGACGAAGGACGACGACGACGAGAACGGAACGAUUUACACGACCCCGUACAGCGGCGGUAACAGAACGGAGUUUCCUAAUCCGUCCGGCGAAAGCGGAAUCGUCGGUGCUCCGUCCGCCAUGGCGUUCGAUUGGCUCGGCAGAAAUCUCUUCAUUGGGAAUAAGUACGCUUCGAAUAUCGAGGCUAUAAAGGUCGACGGUAAGAUCAGAUAUCGUACGAUAGUGCUCGCCAACGAUGGGAACAAAAGCUCGGUCGCGAAACCGAAGGCUAUGUGCGUCGAUCCGUUGGAGGGACACAUAUUCUGGAUCGACGACGGCAGUUUCGGCAUUCCGACCAAGAUCGGCCGGGUGAACAUGGACGGUACAAAUCCUAUGAUACUUGUUAACAAAGUCGAGAGACUCGAGGCGAUCACGAUCGACAUUCCCACCAAGACGAUUUACUUCAGUUCCCUGUACCCGGCUCUCGUGAUGGCGAUAUCCACCGACGGACGUAAUCUAAGAACGAUCGUCUCCGAGAACAUAGCGUUACCGAAAGCUCUCGCCGUCCACGAGUCCCGGUUGUACCUUCUCGAUCCGCGUUACGACAAAAUCGAAAGGGUGGACUUGCCGGACGGAGGUAAUCCGACCAUCAUAAUCGACAACGACUCCGAACUGAAGACGUUAACCAUUUACAAGAAACGAGUGACCGGCGAUCAUCCGUGUUUCGUCAACAACGGCGGAUGCGAGCAAAUCUGUCUGCCCGCUUCCGGUGGGACGAGAGUGUGCGCGUGCGGCAUGGAGUAUCGGAAAGUAAGCGACACGGCUUGCGAGCCGUUCAAAAGUUUCGCCGUGGUCACGCAACUGGACGUGGCCAGAGGUUACAGUUUGAACGAUGCCAAAGAGGCGAUGGUACCUAUAUCUGGCGUCGGUCAUCACAUCCUCCACGUGGACGUUCACUACGCGGGCAACUGGAUCUACUGGGUAGAGUUCAGUCGAGAAAUAUGGAACGGCGUAUUUCGCGUUAGACCGAACGGCACCGAGCUGCAGCACAUCGUGAAACAGGGUAUCGGCUCGAACGGCAUCAGAGGUCUGGCCAUCGAUUGGGUAGCUGAAAAUCUUUAUUUCACCAACGUCUUCCCUCACGACAAUUACGUCGAGGUGUGCAAGCUGGACGGCAGCAACAGAAAAGUACUCGUUAAGAAGACGACGGAUUCGCCGAGAGAGUUGGCCGUGAAUCCCAUAAAACGAUACCUCUAUUGGAUAGAUUAUGGUCAGUACCCGAGGUUGGGUAAGGCUUACUUGGACGGUAGCAAUUGGGUGCCUAUCGUAACCUCCGGCAUCAGCACGCCUCGCGACAUAACCAUCGAUCUUGCGACGCACGACGUUUACUGGGUGGACUCGAAACAGGACACUAUUCAGAAGGUAUCGUACACGGGUGCUAAUCGGGAAAUCAUCAGGCGCAACUUGCCUAAUCCUAUGGGUGUCGCGAUUUACGGUAACGACGUCUACUGGGUGGAUAGAAAUUUGGCGACGGUAUUCAAAGCGAGCAAACGAGCGAACGUCAGUCUACCAACGACUGUCAGAUCGAAUCUGCCUAAGCUGAGGGACAUCGUGAUGUUCGAUCAGAACAGUCAGCCACCGGAUCCCGGUAAUCCUUGCUCGCGUGGCGGAAUCGCGAACUGCCAACAGCUUUGCUUCGCCAUGCCGAAGGAAAUGCCGAAGGAAAUGCCGACUUCUUUCAAGUGCGAGUGCGCCGUUGGCAAGUUAGCGGCGGACGGGAAGAGUUGCGAGAACGUCGACGAGUAUCUGGUGUUCGCGACCAGAACAGAGAUCAGGGGUAUCGGGUUGGAUCCGCGAAACACCAGCGUACCGUUCAACGCGGUCGGAAAUCUUACCAACGUGGUGGGCGUAGAUUUCGAUUAUCAGGACAAGAAGUUACUGUUCACGCAGAUCAGACCGUGGGCGAGGAUCGCCUGGAUGCAGGCGGAUAAUCCUUCCUCGUCCGAGAUCCAUACCCUGAUCAGCAAGGGUAUCAAUCCCGAAGGGAUUUCCUACGAUUGGACUCAGAAAAAGGUCUACUGGACCGAUUCUUCGAACAACAGUAUUUACGCGAUGGACAUUGACGGCUCGAAUCUCGUGAUGAUCGCCAGGGUAGACAGACCGAGAGCCAUCGUGGUGGAUCCUUGCAACGGCUCGUUGUACUUCACCGAUUGGGGUCGGUUCGGCACGUCCGGCAAGAUCUUCAGAACGACGAUGGCCGGCUCGCUGAAGAAAGCCAUUAUCGACAAGGAUCUCUCUCAGCCCAGCGGAUUGGCGAUCGACUACGAGGAUCGUAUGCUAUAUUGGACCGACGCGGUCAGAGAGAAGAUCGAACGUUCCGAGUUGGACGGUAAGAAUCGUCAGGUAUUGGUAAGCGCGACGAUAUACCCGUUCGCUAUAACCGUAUUUCGGGAACACAUUUACUGGACGGAUCUGCAGCUGAGGGGUGUCUAUCGCGCGGAAAAACAUACCGGAGCGAAUAAAGUAGAGCUGGUUAAACGAUUGGAAGACUCGCCCAGAGACUUGCAUAUUUAUUCGGCGGCUAGACAGCAGUGCAAGGUGAACCCGUGCAACAUAUCCAACGGUGGUUGCGACCAGUCAUGUCACCCGGGCAUAAACGGUUCGGCCGAAUGCAAGUGUGACGACAACAGCAGACUCGUCAACGAGGACAGGAUGUGCGUGCCGAAGAACGUCACCUGCGAUUCGAGCAAGUUCGCCUGCAGAAACGGACGGUGCAUAUCGAGGAUGUGGGCUUGCGACGGCGACGACGAUUGCGGCGACGGUUCCGACGAGGACACCAACUACUGCUCCUAUCACUCCUGUAGUCCGAACGAGUUCCGGUGCAACAACGGCCGGUGUAUCUUCAAAACUUGGAAAUGCGACUACGAGAACGAUUGCCGCGACGGCAGCGACGAGGAGGGAUGCGUCUACCCUCCCUGUGCACCCGGCGAGUUCACUUGCGCCAAUUACCGGUGCAUCCCUCAAUCUCAGGUCUGCAACGGCAUCAACGAGUGCAAGGACAACGUUACGUCCGACGAAACGCACGAGCGCUGCCCCAGGAACACCACCUGUCCACCUAACCACCUCAAGUGCGAGAAGACCAACAUAUGCGUCGAGCCCUACUGGCUGUGCGACGGCGACAACGAUUGCGGAGAUAACAGCGACGAGAAUCCGUUGUAUUGCGCGCUGAGAACCUGCCCGCAGAGCAGUUUCAGAUGCCCGAAUCACAGAUGCAUCCCUGCUACCUGGUAUUGCGACGGGGACGACGAUUGUUUGGACGGUAGCGACGAACCGCCUGGCUACUGUCAAUCGGAGGGUCGAACUUGCUUCGGUGACCUGUUCACCUGCGACAACGGCAACUGUAUACCCAGGAUAUAUAUUUGCGACGGGGACAACGACUGUUUGGACCAUUCCGACGAGGAUGAACGGCAUCAAUGUAACGAUAGGAAAUGCGACGAGGAAGUGGAAUUCACCUGUACGGCUAACAAGGUGUGGAACAGGGCCCAAUGCAUCCCGAAGAAGUGGCUGUGCGACGGAGAUCCGGAUUGCGUGGACGGCGCCGACGAGAACGUCACCUUGCUCCACUGUCCUACGCCGACACCUUGCGCCGAGAACCAGUUCACCUGCGACAACGGCCGUUGCUUGAAUCAGAAUUGGCUCUGCGAUCACGACAACGACUGUGGCGACGGUAGCGACGAAGGGAAAUUCUGUAACUCGAGAUACAAAUCUUGCACGGCUCAGGAGUUCACUUGUCACAACUUCAAAUGCAUUAGGAAACAGUUCCGUUGCGAUGGCCAGGAUGACUGUGGCGAUCAUUCGGACGAGGAUGGAUGUCCCUCGAAGGUAAAGAACACGACUUGUCCAAACCCGGGAGAGUUCAUGUGCGCGAAUGGUAAUUGCAUCGACCAGCAGUUGGUCUGCAACAAGGAAGUCGAUUGCGCGGACGAGAGCGACGAGCCUGCUCAUUGCAACGUGGACGAAUGCGCUCGUGUCGAGAUGAAUCAGUGCGCGCAUAAAUGCGUCGACACUCCGACCAGUUACUACUGCGAAUGUAAUCCGGGUUAUAGGUUGUUGGCUGACGGUAAAGCUUGCGAAGACAUCGACGAAUGCACGGAGACGCCUCAAGUCUGCAGUCAACAGUGUCAAAACACACCGGGAAGUUUUUACUGCAAGUGCAAUCAUUAUUGGUACGAACGUGCCUCUGACGAGCAUACUUGCAAGAGAAGGGACAACAUCAAACCUUGGAUCAUAUUCACGAACAAGUACUACGUCAGGAACAUGUCCAUAGACGCUCACAACUAUAGCUUGAUGCACCAAGACCUGAUCAACGUUGUCGCUUUGGAUGCCGAUUACUCGGAACAGAUGCUCUAUUUCUGCGACGUUACGGCCAAAACCAUCUUCAGAGCACCCAUCGCAGGAGGCGAAAGGGAAGCGAUCAUCAGACACGACAGCCUCGGUUUGGAAGGAAUAGCGAUCGAUUGGGUGGGUCGGAAACUUUAUUGGCUCGACCGACAUGCCAAACAUUUAGACGUUGCCGAACUUAAUGGAACAAACAGAAAGACUCUGCUGACCGGUAUAGCCGAUCCCCGUGCCAUCGUUGUUCAUCCCGGUACCGGGUAUUUGUACUUCACAUCUUGGCACCUUCAGGCAUACAUAGGCAAGAUGGGUAUGGAUGGCAGUAAUUUUUCAAGGAUCCUCACCUGGGAAGACGACAUCGCCUGGCCAAACGCUCUAACCAUCGACUACUUUACCGACCGAAUAUUUUGGGCGGACGCUCAUCUCGAUUACAUAGCGUUCGCUGAUUUGGAAGGUCAUAAUAGGCGCAAGGUCCUGACCGGUGCCGCUGUGCCACACGUCUUCGCCAUUACCGUAUUCGACGACUUCAUUUUCUGGACGGAUUGGAACUUGAAGGCCAUCAGUAGAGCAGAAAAGUUCUCCGGAGCGAAUUUGCGAAUACUUCGAAACACUACUCACAGGCCGUACGACAUUCACGCGUAUCAUCCUCUGCGGCAGCUACCUUAUAAUAAUCCGUGCAUGAAAAACAACGGCGGAUGUUCUCAUCUUUGUCUGAUUUCGCCACCUGCCAGUUCUUAUUUGCUCGAAGGAUACGGACAACCCGGUGUCACGUCGUACAAGUGUAAAUGUCCGAAUCAGUUCGUACUAGAAAAGGACGGUAAAACAUGCAGAGCGAAUUGUACCGCUGGCCAACAUCGCUGUGGACCACCGGACGAAAAGUGCAUACCCUGGUACUGGCAAUGCGACGGCGAGAAGGACUGUAAGGAUGGUUCGGACGAGCCGACCAGUUGUCCGGCACGCGUUUGCAGACCGAGCGUUUUCCAAUGCACGAACGGUAACUGUAGACCCAGCGUGGCAGUCUGCGAUGGUGCCGACGACUGCGGCGACAAAAGCGACGAAGCUCUCUGCGCAUUGGAUUGCGGCGAAUUGGAAUUCAAGUGCAAAUCCAACGGACGUUGCAUCCACGAGUCUUGGAAAUGCGACGGGGACGCUGAUUGCAAGGAUGGCAGUGACGAGGAUCCUGCUAUUUGUCAUAAUCGACAGUGCGAUCCAAGCACAGAAUUCACUUGCAAAAAUGGCAGAUGCAUACAGAAGGUAUGGAUGUGCGACUCCGACAACGAUUGCGGCGAUGACAGCGACGAACCGGCAUACAUGUGUCGUCAAAGAAAUUGCACGACUGGUUGGCAACGUUGCCCGGGCCACGCCAAUUACCGUUGUAUUCCAAAAUGGUUGUUUUGCGAUGGAAAAGACGAUUGUCGAGACGGUUCCGACGAACUGCCCGAAAAUUGUCCGAAAUGUCACCCCGACAUGGACUUCAAAUGCGCGAAUAACAGAUGCGUACCGAAACAAUGGCUCUGUGAUUUCGCUGACGACUGUGGCGACGGCAGCGACGAAGCCGAAGCUAUGUGCAAAGAGCGUUACAGGGAAUGUUCGGAAUCGGAGUUUCGAUGCGACAACGGCAAAUGUAUUGCCUCUAGAUGGAGAUGCGACAGCGAGGACGACUGUGGCGAUAAUAGCGACGAAAAUGGAUGUCAGACAUUCGUGUGCAAGAAUUACACGUUCCAAUGCGCGAGUGGCCACUGCAUAGCGUCGUACUUGCGAUGCGACGGAACACGAGAUUGUCGAGACAUGAGCGACGAGAUAGGAUGCCCACCCAGAUAUCCGGGCGGAAGGUAUUGUCCACAAUCGAGAUUCCAGUGCGACAACAAUCUUUGCGUUUACCUCACGGACAUAUGCGACGGAAGCGACGAUUGCGGCGACGGUUCGGACGAGAAUGCCAACAUGUGUGCGAACUUCAAGUGCGAUACCACUAGAAGAUUCCAAUGCGCCAAUCAUAAAUGUAUCGCCAAGUAUCAGUUGUGCGACGGUAUCGAUAAUUGUGGCGACGGAUCUGACGAGAACAAUAUGACGAUGUGCUUCUCUCGAAUUCGUCCUUGCGAUCCUAUCACCGAGUACACCUGUGCGAACAAGAAAUGCGUCGACAGGUCGAAACUGUGCGAUUUUGCCGACGACUGCGGCGACUCUUCCGACGAGCUCGGUUGCCAUCACAACAAGCCCUGUUUGGAAAGCAAUAAAGGCGGUUGUUCGCACUACUGUCACAACAUCACCGACGGAGGCUAUAUUUGUGCCUGUUAUUCCGGUUACAUAAUCUCGCAAAGCAACAGGAAGCAUUGCGAGGACGUCGACGAAUGCGCGACGGGUCAGCAUCAGUGUUCUCAGAUCUGCACCAACAUGAACGGCACCUAUUCUUGUUCCUGCAGACAAGGUUUUCAACUAUCGGAUAAUCGCAGCGGCGUCUGCAAAGCUCUCGACACGGAAGCGAUGGUCUUGUUCGCGAACGGGCCCGGAAUAAGAGCGUACGACGUACGCGACAAGGAAGAGAUCGAAGUUAUAACGAACGAGAAGAGAGUGCAGGCUGUCGACUUUGAUCCCAAGGCAGAGUACGUGUUCUGGAUCGAUGGUCCCGAUAAUUCCAUCAGACGAUCGUACAUGGUGAACGCUAAGGGUGGCCAAGUGCAAAUCGGAUACGCGCAGGAUCUCAAUAUAAAGAGCGACUCGUUACCAACUGGUUUGGCGGUAGAUUGGAUCUCUGGCAAUCUGUAUUGGACGGAAGUGGAUACCUCGGGAGCAACACAGUCCGGUCGAGUGAUGGUCUCGAAAUCGGACGGUAGAUACCGACGAAGUUUGGUGACGGUCGGGUUAGAAUUGCCGACCGCGAUCGUGUUGGAUCCGGAACGAGGUCGCGCCAUCUGGGCAGACGCCGGAGGUCAACCUAAAAUCGAAAUCGCUUGGAUGGACGGCGACAGACGAAAACAACUGGUUUCCGACCGAAUCGAACAACCGAUCGCGCUCGCGAUCGAUUACUCGAUGAAUCAUGUCCUUUACUGGGCCGAUAGAAAGCUUAACACGAUCGAAUCUAUCGAACAGGAUGGCUCGAAUAGAAAGGUGAUCCUAAAAGGCGAGGGUUUGCACCAUCCGGUGUCUUUGGACGUUUUCGAGAGUAGUCUAUACUGGACAACCUGGCGAACCGGUGAAUUGAUGAGACAAGACAAAUUUGGCAGAGGCGUGCCGGAAGUUAUCAUUAAGAACAUACCCGGCCCAGGGGGAGUUAAGGUGUACCAUCAACAGAGAUACAAUACCACAUUGAGAAAUCCCUGCCACGAAGAUCAGUGCACGCACCUUUGUGUCCCGAUUCCCGGUGGAAGUAGGUGUCUAUGUUCGGACAGCAUCGGUCCGCUGCAACAGAGAGAGACCGUGAAUUCGAACGAGCGGCAUUGCGACGCUACCAACGAGAGGCCGUUACCGGCACCGAGAAUCUGCCCUUGCAGAAACGGUGGCCUCUGCCAGGAAGCCGAGGACAAUAAACUACAGUGUUCUUGCCCGGUUCCCUUCCACGGAGAGUUUUGCGAAGUGAUGAUAGGAGUUAGAUCAGGCAACGCUACCGCCGCGAUCGUCAUUCCCAUCGUUAUCUCCGUGUUGGUCCUUCUCGGGGCCGCUGCCGUUAUCAUGGUGCUGAAAAAGCGUCCGUUCGGUAAGCCUGGAGGUCUUGGCAGUUUAACCGGUGCUCAGAGCGUGUCCUUCAGGCAAGGAAGCAACGUCGAAUUCGGUGUGCCUGCUCACGAAAGAAUGGAACCCCUCGACGUCGAGUACAACCUCGGUGACGUGAGCAACAAGAACAGAGACUUUAGUAAUCCGAUGUACGACGCGGUAAAUACGGAAACGGGCGCCACCAAUGGCACCGGUGCGAGCAGCAUGUACGAGUUACCUGCUGAAAUGAAACCGUCUAGCAUCCAGCACAAAGAACCACCGCAGUUGCACCUGAAGAGGAGAGAACUCGAUCCCACGCCCGUCGACUCGGGCAAAGACACGCAGCAAUUGGUCGAGGAAGACAAGUCCGAGUGUUAGAUAGUUUAACUGUUUCGUGCGCAGUGACGUAGUUAGAAAUUCGAUCAGACGACGCGAACGAAGAAUAUAUAUGAAUCUUUAACGAGUUAUUUCUUUUUUUCUCUUUUUAUUUUACUUAAUAAUACGACGUACCGAUUCAUUCGGAAAUCCAUAUUUUACUUGAGAGUACUUGAUAAUCGACGUUCGAUUACCGAACACGGUAGAAUUUCCCUGAAAUCGAAACUCUGAAUAUCUAUGAAAGUCAUUUUCCUCGCGGAAAUCUACCGUCCUCGGUAAUAUCGUGUAUUCCCUUUUCUUUUUAACGCUGUCCAGUAUAUCCGCUUUCAUCGAACAGGAUAUUUUAUGAAAGACAAGACUGAACCGAAGAAGAAGAAAUUUAAUGUUCGAGCAGAAGAAUGAAAAAUUGUAGAUGUAUAGGGACGAAUGCGGAAUGAAGCGCGCGUCUAACUACGCCACUGCUAUGUAGGGAUGCUCUCGCAUUUGGGGCACUUUAAUCUCGUUGUAAUCGAUAUCGUCGAAAGAAAGAAGCGUUUGAUACGCGAAUGAAAACGGGGAGUAAGGAGAAUAGAAAGAAAGGAAAGGGGGACGUCUCGAGUUCCUUUUCGAGUUACACCGAGACACGAGUGCAACUAAUGUCGGGUUCGUGUCAUUUUAGGUGCGAUUUGUAAGUGUUGUAAAUAGGAUUAUCGCAGAAUAUUGUCCGUGUACCAUAAAGAAGCGAAACAUUCCAUAUUUUCUAAAGCAGCUCGAGGCGUAGGCGCGUCGGUAGAGACAUUAAAGGAUCGUAAGUUAAAGGAUCAGGCCUCGACGAGCGAGUCACCUCACAAAUUAAGCGUUUUGUCGCGUUAAAACCGAAGCGAACCUCUUUAGGCGAGAGAAAAGAAACACUUCUUUUCUGCUAAACCUUUUGCUCGGCCACGUGAGCGUUGUUAUGCGUUGUACAUUUUUCUAGAUUAUACGUGGAGAACGCCAGUGUACAGUUUUAUUCUUCCGCAGCAGCUGUGAUCGUUAAAAUUUACAAAUUGGGUCAGAGUAUGCGAGCCAAAUGAGCAAAGCGUAUUUCUUUUAUUUUUCUUUUUUUUCCCCCUCUUUAUAUGCUCGACACGAGUGAGAGAAAUUCGUUUUCUUAAGAUCUGUUCGGUACAGUAGAAUCUCGAUUAUAACGAUUAAGCGAACUAUUUUCUAAGAAUCAUGCUAGGACGUUUAAAUAAGUUUGAUUGUAAUUUUCGACUCUGCAGUUUGUUGUUGUAUGUUGCGUAUGAAAUUAUACAGAUUGUUAACUUUA